AGAAGAAGAAAUAGUUGCCUACAACAACAGCGACUGCGCCUCGGAAAAAUAUUUGAAUUUACGCUCCGGAAAAGAAUUCCAGCGUCGCUUUGGGCGGAUAUGAACACGCCAGGUAUGAGCCUGUUCCAGGGGGCGGACACCCUGAACGUGAACUCCACACUCGAUCGCCAGGAGGAGGAGGAGGCUCUGCAGGAUCAAAAGAGACGCGAACAGGAGCUGGGGCAUCUGCUGGAGAACGCCUUCGACGACCUGGACGAUGAGGAGAACACAAUUGACUCGACGACGAAUUACCCGCCGGAACAGCCGCCGGCUGUCCUGCCAAAUUACCCAGCGCUUUCGCACCAGAUGCCGCUGCAGGAGGAUCCUCAGCAGGCUAACGAGAUACACCGCCUCAAGAUGAUGCUGGAAUCCAAGAGUCACGAACUGCAGAACGUCAACCAGAUCGCCAACGCCGCGCACAAGCAGCUGGAUGAGUUCCAGAAGCGCCUUUCCAUCACGCAGGCCGAGCUGGAGCGCGCCCUGCGGGAGAAGCAGAACACCCACGAGCUGCUGGUGGAGACCAAGGAGAUUUGCUCCAACAAGGAAUGCGACCUGGACAAGAUGCGCUCCGAGAAGAAGCAGUUGGAGGAGGACAACACACGACUAGUGGGACAGUUGGAGAUCACCAAAACCCUGCUGUCCGACGUCCAGUGCAAGUACGACAUGGUGCAGCGGGACAAACACAACCGGGAGGAGCGCAGCGCCGAGUUACGGGUAAAGCACAUCGAAGACACCCAUCGAGCCCAGUGCGAUCUCUUCCAGCAGCAGCUCAUGCAGGUCAAGGAUCAGCUAGAUCGCAAGCAGAACGAGCUGGAUCAGAUUACCUCGCGCUACAAUGCUCUGCAGUCUGGCCAUGAAACCAUGCUGCUGGACAAGGCGGCCAAGAUUAACGAGCUGAGUCAGGCUCUGGAUGUGGCGCAGAUGCGCUGCAACCAAAUGAGCAGUAGGCCCGAUCUAGAGGCAGAGAAUCAUCGACAGCAGCAAUGCAUCAGUGACUUGAAAGCCCGCAUUGCCGCCCUGGAACAAACGGUCGCUUCGCUCAACGAGCGCCUCAACGAAACCACGGCGGAGCUCGACCUUAUGGACUCGCUUAUUCAACAGCAUCAGGCGGAUGAAACGCCCUCCGGGAGGCUAAGCCAAGUGGGUGGAUCCCGCCUAGUGGGUAGCACACCACUGAAUCCCCUAGACAGGGUUAGCCACAUCAAGCAGGAGCUGUAUCGAGCGCUAGCCAAUCUGAAGAACAAGCGGGAGGAGGUGCGGCGCCUGGAGAAGCACCUGGAGGAGCGCAACCAGGAACUGCGUUCGUUGCGCGACCAGGAGAACCAAUCUUUAGUUCAACUAGCAACCUUAAAAGAAGCGAAAAUGCGUCUAGAAAACAAAGUAAAAGCCAUGCAGCAAGAGCUGGAAGAGCAACAGCAGAAAACACAACAGGAAUCGGGGUUACAGGCACAACUGGAUGCCAUAAUAACAGAGAGAGAUGCACUGAAGGAGAAACGCCAACACAUUGAGGAGCAACUCAGGAAUGCCGAGAAGGAUCUAGAGCAACUAAGGCAGCAUCACGAGAGCCUCCAGGGAAAUUAUGAGCAGCUCACACAGGAUAAUCGCCAGUUGCGGGCCCGAGCAACCGCGGACAACCAGCGUUUAGAGCUGGAAAGACACAAGAUACUUUUAAAGGAUUCCCAGAGCGAGGUGGAGAGACUCAAGAAACUAUACGCUGACAUCGCGACAGACAAGGAGACUUUGGAUUACGAGUUACGAAAGCUUAGGGAAUCGGACACGCUCAAGGACUUGCAGGAACAACGCCAGCAACUAGCGACUGUUCAGCGGAAUUUACAGCUGGCUGAGCUUAAGUCCCAGGAGCUAAAGAAGCUUCUGGAAUCGGAAAAACUCAGCCACGAGCGGGAGCUGCAGACUCUGCGCCAGAAGAGCGAGCGGGAGAAGCGGGAGGGGGCCACUGCGGCGGCCAAGGAGAGCUCUGAUAACUGCAGCAAGUGCAUCGAGAACCUGGCAGAGAUUACAAAGUCCGAAAUUCAGCUGUUGAAGCUACAAAACGUAAACUCAAUGCAGGCCAAGGAACUAAAGGAACUGGAACUUGAACUGGAGCAAUCCAAAUUACUGCAGACCGAGAUGCAGGAAAAGAUCGAGCUUUCCAGCAAACAAGACGAGCUUAUUAACGACCUCAAGGAGAAGGCCGUGCAAUUUGAGGCGUACAUAAAACAGCAGGAGGAGUAUCAAAAGAAGAAGUCCACGCCGAGUCCAAAAUCGAAUUCAGACUCCUCGCCGAGCCCAUCACCGAAAGAGCUUACCCAGGAGCGAAUUAAAGCAAUCGAACAACGUGUUCGCGAUGAGAUGGCCAAACUAUUUGCCGCCGAACUGAAGAAGUUCACCUCCCGCCUUCAACAGACCGAAGAGCGGAGCCAGUGCCUCCAAAGGGAAUACCAAGCGGUGUGUGCAGAACUGCAGCAGCGGCAAACGGAGGUGGAUCUGCUCAAGCAAACCAUCCUGGCAGAACGCGAGAACAUUGAUGAGAUUCUAGCCGGCAAGGAUGAAAAGCAGAAGGCAAUGCUGCAAAAGUGCCGCCAGGAGCUGCAAGCAAAGAACCAACGAAUCGCCGAGCUUCUCCACGAAGUGGAGGAGCAGCACGCCAGCAUCGAUUCAGAGAGACAAUCGAUGAAGGCAGUGAUGGCUCAGUGGGAGAAGCAGCGGCAGUCCAUCGACCAGGUGGAGCAGCACUGGCGCCAGCAGCUGGACUCGCUGCGCACCACCCACGAAGAGGCGAUGCGAUCCGCGCAGCAGCGCUAUCAAAGUGCCAAGCGCACCGCGCACAACUACAAGCUGUAUGCCGAGGACAAGGAAGCGCAUAUGAAGCGCGAGUAUGAACGCAUUAAACACGAGUACGACCUGUCGCUGGCCAAGAUCGAGGCGACCAUGAACCAGCACCUAGAGCGGCGGAGUCGCGAAAGGCACCGCGACAAAGAAAACGUGCCGAGCAAUUGCAGCAGCAACCCAACCAGCAGCUCCAAUAAUAAACCCAAAUGCAAUGGUCUCAGCAAAAGCUAGGCAGGGUGAUAGGUAUAAUUUUCUCGUUAGUAAAUUAUCGUUAUUGCAUGCUCCGCCAUAUUGUUCAAACAAAUAUAAGUUGCUAUACAUUC